CUUAACUGCGCAUGCGCUUUACGAGUUUCGGAUAUGAAAUGUCGUACCGUAAUGCUUUGAUAGACAAUAAUUUUUUUUCGUUCCGUUCACUUCGCCGUUCAACGAAUUUUUUGGGUAAGUAUAGUGUAAAAUACAGUAAAUAGAUAUUUAUCUGUAUUUAUUUUAAUAUUUAGGUUGCUAUUAUGAAUAGAAAACUACGCACCCUAUCGCUGUAUAAUUUGACUAAGCUUAGUCUAAUUUUUUUAUUUUUUUUUUAAGUUGAAGUUUUCGUAGUUUUACUGUAACUGUCCAAACUGGAGAAAGCGUAGUUUCAGUUUUGGGGGCAUUUUCCGAAGUUUUCAAAAACAAAAAUUAACCUACUUAUAUGGUAGUUUUAAAGGAAUAUAAUUUAUACGUGAAUAAAGUUUAAGUCUUUAUCUGACGAAUUAUCUUACUUUUAUCUCUUUAACACGAGUUUGAAAAGUAUCAGUUUUGACCAUUAAAUUAUACGGCGUUUUCGCGAGUAUGGUGUCUUACAAACGCUCGCGGCUGCUAAGGCUAAAGUUAGCAAAGAAUAUGAAUUUGAUUUAUAAAUAUUAACAAAAGUAGUAGGCCUUUUUUAAUAACAAUAAUAUUGACACAUAUUUUGUUAAACAUAGUUUACGUUUAGUUAGGCCUUCAAAAUAGGAAAAUACUAAAUAAAAAAUUAAGUUAUUUUAUUUUUGCGUGUUGUAGCAUAGUUUACGAUGACUUUGGAACUUCAUUUUAAAGUUAAAGUUAUUAAAACUAGCUGAUGCAUCCAUUGAGCUUCACAUAACUUUACUUAGUUAGUCCUUAUUUAUACACGUCAUGGGCGCCGCAGGUAGGGGCAAGGUGGGGCACCUGGAUUGAUUGGAUAAAAAAUGUUUAGACAAAAAUAGACACAAAAUUUAUUAAAGUAAAGAGAAAAUAAGGAGAAAGUAACUAAGCUGAUGUCCUGUCCGUUCGUUCACCAUACAAAUACGCUACAGUAAAUUAAAACUACAUUAAAACAUUUCUAAAAAAAAUUUGCCCCCCCCCCUGGAAAGUUAAUCUGCGGGCGUCCAUGAUAGUUAAAAAUUAAGUGAUGCACCCCUGUGCUCUAGGUAUACUUUGCGGUAUUAUAAGUUUAUAUUAUAAGCACAGUUUUGGGGGGGGGGGGGGAAGACUUCAGAAAUUUAAAAAAAAGUGGUUGCUUGGUCGCUGACCCAUUCCCCCUGUUUAAAAUCCGGACUAAGCCAUUACAUAGGAAUAUGCCUAUAUUAGUUUCUCUUCUGACCCUGUAUUAUUUCGUAUUAUUAUUAAUUUAGUAUCAGUAUAACUUAUAAAUAUAGUCAAUGUUAUAUACCUAAUAUAAUAAAUUAAUUCUAUUUAAUUUAACUAUUCAAGGUCUAGGGUAAAUAAAUGCACAACGGUUCUUUUGAGGACUGAUGAUUAAGAUAGCAAUCCUGAUUGAACAAGCCAUCACUGCUACUCUAUACUAGAUAUUGAACUGAACUGAGUCAAUCCUAAGCUAGUGGCUAGUGUACUGGAGUUCUAUCCCCAGAAAAUGCCUAGACAAGCAAAAACAUCACCAGCAUGCCGGGUAGAUGGAACUCGUUAACUUUGAAUGGCAACUCAACUUAGAGAAGGAAAACUAUGAAAUCAAACCCGGAGAUGGAGACCCGUAGACGUUAUGACAUUGACUCAAUGAAAAUUCCGACAAAUUCCUAUGACGUAGCGCACAUAAAGAGCAUAGUGAAACACACACACUCACUGCUGGUAAUCUACUGCAUCCUGAUCUAUAUCCAGUCGUCUUGACUAAUCUUGCCCUUGAAUCAAAUAGGCAACGACCCCUAAAUUUCAACAAAAUACAGCUCACGUCAAGGCUACUGCUCCAGUCUUAGGGAUCUUUAUGUGUACAGGACAAACAAAAAUAUUGAAAAUAUAUGAAUGAUAUUUGCAGGGCAGUUCUCGGAUGCCAUGAAAAUUAGGGGGAAAUGAUCAACAAGGAUAAACAACAAUCAUCUGAGACUUCCUCUAGUUUAACUUCAGUUUUUUCCCCUACCUCGGGUGUCCACUUUUGCAACUUCUUAGUCAAGUUCCCAGGUUAUGUGUAUCUUCGGAAAUAAAUAUGACUUACUUGUGAUUAAAAUGGAUUAUAUUGUAACUUUAUAAGUUGUUUGUUAUCCAACAUCAAGUACACCUUAUUCUUAUAAAAACCAACUUACUCAAUUGUGUGUGAACUCGGGGCCAGAAUAUUUAUACCGGUACAUACCUAAUUCAAAUAAUUGCUAUAGCAUUGGCAGUCCUUAGAGUAAGUACCGGUACUAUAUAAGUGCAUUUAUGUCCUGUUACUACAAAAAAAUUGUAUAAGCGUUUAGGGUCUCUCUUUUUUUUUACUCUUUAAAAAAUGUCCUGGAAUUUUGUAUUUUCUCCUGGAAAACUCCUGGAAUUUGUUUUUAGAUUUGGUGCAGGAACCCUGUUUUAUUAAGUUUAUAAAAUUUAUUUUGCUAUUGUCUUUUUAGGCAAGUUAUUUUAACUACCCAACAUUAGAUUAUUAUCAUUAGAGUCAUGGGUAUAUGUCAUAUCAAGGAUCAUAGUUAUUUUUCAUAAUAAGGAUCAUAUGUAAAUGUCAUAAUAAUUUAUUGAUAUUGAAAUUAAAUGAUAUAAAAGUGGAAUUUUUACGCAUAUUUCACAUAUCCUAGACUAAAGAUAUGGGCAUCUGAAUAGUGGGGCAUUGUUUAGUUUUCAUCUGAAGAUUUAUGUUGAUAUUAUCAAAUUAGAAUUUAAGAUCUUUAAAAAAAAUCAAUUUGGCUUGGGGUAGGUAAAUGGGCGAGCAGGUUCACUAUUUUCAUGUCUGCAUCUCUGUUUUCUACAGCCCUUUUUUCAAAGCAAUAAAAUAUUUGGAUGUUUGGUGUAACUGCUGAUUACUAGCCAAAACUUGACCCAUUGCCCCCUACUAUCUCAUAGAGAUAACAAAUGUUCAAACAAAUAAGGGAGUUGGGGGUGGGGUGUUUGUGCAUUCUGAGAGAACUGGUGAUAAAGGUUAAAUUAAGUACUGAACUACUUAUUACCUCAGUUCAUCAAUUUUUAAAAUUGCAUGCCUUUGUAUUAAUAUCCAUCUCCAGAAGGUAGGCCUUCUUUAAUGACUGUACUUGCAUACCAAUAAAAGAAGUAUACAGUUGAUUGUUUUUAACCAGUAUAACUUUGAUAAACUUUCCCUCUUUGCUUUAUCAGUGUUCAGUAUCAUUAUGCACAGUUGGAUAUAGUUUUAUAAGUGCAUUUUGACAAUAUUCGCUCUAAUUCAAGGCCCAUAUGCUUUGGGGCCGUUCACAUAGGCCUGUAUGAUAAAACACAAAAAUAUGACAUUCACCUGUACCCUUUCCCAUAUAAUGUUAUAUAACAUUUCCAUUCGAACCCCCCCCCCCCCCCCAAUAUUAUAUACAAUUUCUUGCAAAACCCACACACACUCCCCAAUAAAACUGAUCAGAGGCGUAGCGAGAGUAUUUGGCGCCCUGGGACAAGGAUCAUUUUAAAGUACCUCCCUUUCUUUUUCAACUCUCAAACCAAUUAUUUUCAUCAAUAAAAUCAAAGCACAUUUUGGCGCCACUAACUAGCUGGCGCCCGGGGACAUCUGGCCCCCUCCCCCCUUCGCUAAGUCUCUGAAACUGAAUAAAGUCCAGAAAUUUGUAAAUCAGAAAUGAUGAAAAAAUUAUUGUUAUAUAACAUUGCUCUCAACCAACCCCACUCUACAUACCAUACAACAAAGUGAUAAACCACCCCCUACCCCCUUCACGUUAUAUAAUAUGUGAACAGUCCUUUAUAGCCCAAACUAAGCAAAUGGAUUUCAAAAUGUUUAUUAUAGACUCAACUCACGGUCAUAUUUUUAUUUAACAUUAAAUGUAGUCUAUAUUAAAUAAUGUUAUCAAUUUAAAACAGCUAUUUUAUUCAACAUAUCCCAAGCACAGAUGGCUAAUCUUUUCCGAUCAACUUUGUCUCCUGUUGACAUCCAAUCAAUUGUUUUCAAGUUAUAUGGUCUGAAGGUUAAAGUGGUUAAAGAACUCAAUAGUUAUGAUGACCAGAACUUCCUCAUGGUUGCCGCACAAGAUUUCCCUCCACCUGAUUACCUGACCAAGUUCCUUAGUCCCCAUGGUUAUGUCAUAAAGAUUCUCAACUCCUUAGACUCGAGGAAACCCAUGGUUAUAGGUUGGUUAAACUUGGUGAUUUUAACCUAUUCCGAUACACAUUUUUCCUUCAACAUAAACCAAAAAGCUAACUUGAGUCACGCUUCUAAAUGACUUGUUGACAUAAGAGCAUUUAUUUUUCAAAAAUCAGAAACGUGUCUAUUUCAACCAAAAAAGAAACAACAAAGCUCCAAGGAAUUUUUUAUUUAAAGAUCUUUGGAGGUAAAGUUCAGAAUUUUUUUUUUUUUACAUGAAGGAAUAUCUUAAUUUUAAACUCUCAGGCCUAUGUAAAGUGUAAAAAUAAUAAUAAAAUAUUCCUUCCACUUCCAUGAAAUUUACCUACUUUUAAUUAGCAAAAGCUUUUUUUUUUCUAAUGAAAAGAUAACUUUUAUGCAAUUAUUUUUUGUUCUCCAGAAACUCAGAAUCAAAUAAUUCAUCACACUAAGAAAUCAGGAUACCCAACUCCUAGCCUAGUUCCAUGCAUUGAUGGUAGUUACCAGGUAGAAUUAGAACAACAGAGCACUAUACCAGGACCUCAACAUAAGUCACGUCAUGGUAAUAUGUAACACAUUUUUAAAUUAAUUUUAAUAUUAGUAGGCUAUAAUUUUAAAUUUCAUUAAGUCAGUAAGGUGAUCAUUUAAAAUCAAGUACCGGUAUUGUAUUUUUUCAAACAAGAGAAAUUCUGCAUAUUUUAAUUUAAUUUGAAUGUAUCACCUUUUUCUACAACUACAAUCAUCAAUGGUUCAGUGAUUUAAAAUAUUUAAUAUAGUAUAAGUUUUAGGAUGAAACAGUAUAUAAUUAUAGAUCUGAUUGCAAGCCAUGAUAACAAAAUACUUAAGACUUAAGACUUAGAGAAUGUGAGAAUGUAUAUAUCUUAUGCUUCUGACAAGAUGAUGACACAGUGAAGGAAAAGAAUAUUGUUAGAAUGUUUAGUUAUAUACCUGGAAAAACACUGGAUCAAGUGCAACUAACACUUCAACUAUGUUUUGAAAUUGGAUGGUAUGCUGCCAAGAUGGAUGCCAUUUUAAAGGUAUUGUUUAUUCAUCAGAUUACUCCGUUAUGGUGAGUUGAAUUAUUCAAUAAGUUGGGUUAUUGUUUUUUUUUGCAGUGGGUGUUUGUGUGGGGGGAGGGGGGGUAGUAUUCAAAAUGCCUCAAUGAUAUGAUAACCAGAAGAAAAUUUCCCCAGCGUUUCAUGGAAAAAAUAUGUUCAGUUUAUUUUCUUGCCUUUCAUUUUUGAGAACUGUUAAUUUGGGUCCUUUUAUAUUUUUAACCAUGGACUACUAAAGGUUGCCCCUGACCUUGGAAAGCGACUUUGGUUAGUUCUCUUCAUAUAUUACUCAAUUUAAUAACAAUGCAAGCGGAUGAAAUGAAGUAUAUUUGUAUGACAUGGCGUGCCAUCAGGGCCGGCCCUAACAAUUGCGGGGCCCUAUGCGAAAUGGAUUGCGCGGGGCUCAGUCUGAGUAGGGAUAAAGAUAAUAAGAGAAAAAUUAAGAUUUUGUAUUAGAAAAUAAAGUGCGGGGCCCACUGCGGCCGGAUAGGUUGUAAUGGCCUAAGGCUGGCCCUGCGUGCCAUUGCUCCUCAGUAUUUUUCUUUCUCAAAGAGUCCUAAAUUUGAUUUAGAAUUUAGUGGGUUGUUGUUUUUUUUUUGGGGGUGGGGGGGUUGCAGGUGAACUUAGAAAUAACAUGAGAAUAGAGAAUAUGUGUAAACAAAAAUUUUUUAAUUUGAUUUAGAAUUUAGAGGGUUGUUGUUUUUUUUUUGGGGGGGGGGGGUUGCAGGUUAAAUUAGAAAUAACAUGAGAAUAGAGAAUAUGUGUAAACAAAAAUUUUUUUCAAAGUUUUAUGCAUCAAAUUUGAAAAAAAUAAUAAUUAUAAAUAUUUUAUAGGCUCAUUAAUUAAAAGUCAAAUAAAUUGAAAUUAAAUUAAUAACAUUAAUUUUUUAAAUCCACUUUACUUUUAUAUUUUAUUGCAAGUGGAGAAUUACAAAAUUUUAAUUAUAGCAUGAACACUUAGAGGUGGAAAUAAUUUGAAAUAUACUGGUAAAAAAAUUGUCCUUAAAGACUGCAUAUUAUUAAUUUUUAUACAUUAAAUACAAGCAUUAAAUAUCUAAUAAUUUCAUUCUAUGCAUUACAGUGGUCAUCAAAGUUUUUUGGUGAUGCACCCCUACUGACAAUAAGAAAUGUUUAUUAUUGUCUCCUAGUGUUGGAACUUGUCUAGAGUAAAGAUUUCUCUUGAACAUUUUAUUUAAAGCUGACACCUCUAUGUUCACAGGACUUUCCAAUCAAUAAAUAUACAGUUUUAAAAGAAAUGACAAGAAAAUGGAAUAUGACAGAGAUAACAGAAUUGGGGAGCAAAAUUCCUGUAAUAAAUUUAAACUCAGAACAGAUGAAUUUGAUUACAACAGUGCUCAACCAGUUUGAAACCAAUAUUCUCUCCUGUCAGGACCAGUUUUCAAAAGGUGAAUUGUUUUUAAAUUUAUAAAAAAAAUAUGUCAUCUAUUAGGCCAUCAGUUAAGAAAAUAUUUUAGUUUAUUUUAUCACACAUGAAGGAGAUUCUAUUUAUGGUUAAAAUAGUGUCCAGAGAUAUGUAUUUUAUGAUAAUUCUUUUAACUCAAGAACAUUCAUCACAAGACAGAAUCAAUAGUCACAGUCUGAUUACAUGCUAUAUUUUUGCUGGGUCAUGACUUGUCUUUUCUGCUAAUAUGUGAGUGAACUAUUGUAAUUUUUCCUUUUAACAUAUUGAGUGCAUUGUCACACAGGCCUAUAAUUGGCAUGACAACAUGGCAAUAAGAGAAAUGUGCAUUUUAUGAGCCAGACAGAGUAAAUUAGAUAUGAGGACUGAAUAGUCAAUGUUUGUGGUGAUAGUCAUAGGUUAUAAUUUUUUUGAUCAGGAUGUGUAGGAUUUUUUGAGGCAUGUAUUUUCUAUUCUGAAUGACAGUAAUUACUUCUUAAGCAAAUUUGGACUGAAUUGCACAAUUUGCCAAGAAAUAAAGAACCUGAACUUUUAAACACUUUGUCGUCGUUUAGACUUUUUACUACGCAUCAGCCUGGUAGAGGGGGGGGGGGGGGGGGGGGGGGGGGGGGGGGGGGGGGGGGGCUAGGAGACACAAAAAGAAAAGAGUCCUAGAUUCUGACAUCGUUUUCUGUGGCCAUAGCAAAGGGGACCUACUCCUAUACAAUGUUCUAUCCGCCACAUCAAUUAAGUUUAUGUAUACUAAAUGAAUUGCACUUUAUUAAAGAUUACAGUAUUUCUUUACAUUUCUCUUCUGCCUCUGUAUUAUUUAGUAUUAUUAUUAAUUUAGUAUCAGUAUACUUAUAAAUAUAGUCAAUGUUAUAGACCUAAUAUAAUAAAUUAAUUCUAUUUUAUUUCACUAUUCAAGGUCUAGGGUAAAGUCUAGUGUCUUCGCAGGUGUUAGGUUAGGGUAAAUAAUUUUUUGGUAUCUGUAUUUAUUUAUUAGGACUGCAGAAUAUAAUAAUUUUUUUUCAAUUCGUCCAUGUUCAUAAUUUAUAACAAUAUUUACCGGUAACACGGAAUUAUUUCACAUUUGAUUUUCCAUUGCUUUAAAUUUUCUUAAAUUCUUAAAAAUUGUUCAUAAUCAUGCCUCACUAUUGAUCAUUACCUCUAAAUGUAAUUGCAGGAUUGAUUCACAGUGAUUUUAAUGAAUGCAAUAUUCUUGUCAACCAACAAGAUUCAGAAAAUCCAGUGAUUGCUGAAGAAUUCAAGACAUUCAUAACCUCACUUAAUUCUUUCUCCAAAGAUCUUAAAUUAAAAGGGGACAAGGAUGGUAAUGUAAAGUGCCACAUUUCAAAAGGAACUUAUCACAUCUGUGGAAUCCUUGACUUUGGUGACUGCACUCAUUCACUUUACAUGUUUGAAAUUGCCAUAGCCAUGACCUACGUGAUGCUCAACCAACAUGGUGUUGACCCAAUGGCAGCUGCUUGCCAUGUCCUAGCAGGAUACACAAAACAGAUGUCCCUGUCAGAUGUGGAGGUGCAGCAUCUUAAAUUGUGCAUAUGUGCCAGAUUGGUCCAGUCGUUGGUGAUGGGAUAUUUCUCUUUCUCACAAGAUACUGGCAAUGAUUACAUUCUAACACAUGCACAAAGAGUAUGGCCAAUAUUGAAACGAAUGUGGGAGGCACAAGAUUCUGAAGUUUACCACCAUUUUAAACAAUUUGUCCAUCUUCUUUGAAUGCCAAAGAUACAUUUUUCUGCAAUGAUGGCUGUGUUGCAUUUAAAAACCAACAAAAUAAAUAAUUUUUUUCUAAAUCAAUUGUUCAAUAGUGCUCAUAAUUAAACUUAUACUGUGAUGUGAUAUACAACUAAUUUGAUCAGUUUCAGUAACUUGCCAAGUGGACAAAGAGAAAUUACAAGACUUAGCUUUAACUAAUCAAAGUUGUACGCACUUUCAAGCUGAGAGAAUGCGUAACCAUGACUUAAGCUAUACCUUCUUUCAAAAC